UCGCACUGCGGCCGUAGGAUGGAGCAUCUCAUCUCCAGCAGCAACACAUGGCCAGCGGAGCUUGGAGCUGCUGCUGCUGCUGCUGUUGUUGCGCGCCACGGCUGCACUAGCCGCUGCUGAAGACACCACCCACCCUCUACAGCGGAGAGAGAGAGAGAGAGGAGACGACACCCUGCCAUCCACUCUCCUGGACCUCACAUAAACGGAUUUAUCUGUUCAAACUUCAUCCUCUUUUUUUUACACGUUAUCUACAGUUUUUUUUUUCUAAACCGCAAGAGUGCAGCACAAGUGGUGUUCAAUGCGCAACCAUGCUCAUCAUCUCCUCUCGCAGUGCGCUGCUGUCCGUCUACUACCCGCAGAUUUUCCUCAUCCUCACCAGCGGAAGCUACCUGGCACUGUCCUCUGUGGUGGCCCUGGGUGCAAACAUUAUCUGCAACAAGAUACCGGGAUUGGCCCCCCGUCAGCGGGCCCUCUGUCAGACUCGGCCCGACGCCAUCAUCGUCAUCGGUGAGGGCGCCCAGCUGGGAAUCAACGAGUGUCAGUACCAGUUUCGCUACGGCCGAUGGAACUGCUCGGCUCUGGGCGAGAGGACGGUCUUUGGACAAGAGCUGAGAGUAGGCAGCAGGGAGGCAGCAUUCACAUACGCCAUCACUGCAGCCGGUGUGGCGCACGCAGUGACCGCAGCCUGCAGUCAAGGCAACCUGAGCUACUGCGGCUGUGACCGCGAAAAGCAGGGCUACCACGACCAAGAGGAGGGCUGGAAGUGGGGAGGCUGCUCCGCCGACGUCAAGUACGGCGUGGAGUUCUCGCGGCGCUUCGUGGACGCCCGAGAGAUCAAGAAAAACGCCCGGCGGCUGAUGAACCUGCAUAACAAUGAGGCAGGACGAAAGAUCCUCGAGGAGAGGAUGAAGCUCGAGUGCAAGUGUCACGGUGUCUCCGGCUCAUGCACCACUAAGACCUGCUGGAUCACUCUGCCCAAGUUCAGAGAGAUCGGCUACCUGCUGAAGGAGCGCUACAGUGAAGCGGUUCAAGUAGAGCCCGUCCGGGCGUCUCGGCUCCGCCAGCCUUCCUUCCUGCGUCUCAAAGAGGCCCGGGGCUACCAGAAGCCCACGGACACAGACCUGGUCUACCUGGAGCGCUCGCCCAACUACUGUGAGGAGGACACGGCUACAGGAAGCACAGGGACACGAGGCAGGCUGUGCAACGGCACCUCCACCCACACGGACAGCUGUAACGUGAUGUGCUGCGGCCGGGGUUACAACACGCACCAUUACACGCGCGUCUGGCAGUGCAACUGCAAGUUCCACUGGUGCUGUUUUGUGAAGUGCAACACAUGCAGUGAGAAGUCCGAGGUUUUCACCUGCAAGUAGGGAACAAGCAAGUUGGACGGUAUGGACAGGAGGAGAGGGGGGGGGGGAACUGGCAGAACUGGAUUAGAAGGUACGAGGAUAUGAUAAAAGUGGACUUUUGAAGUAUUUAUUCAACAUUUUGCACAUUGUGACAGCCUAUUUGGAAAUCUUUAAAGAACAGAAAGUUGGCCGUGGGAUGGAACAAAAGAGUCUGGAGAGUUAUGAGGAAAAACAGUCACUCGGCAUCUCGGAAAAGCACGCUUGACGGCGCGAAGCUGUGACGUGACACGAAACAAGUUGCGGGUCGAAGGGACUCGGAGCUCACACGUGACAGAGAUUCCGCACAAGAGGGCAAAAAAGCUGCAGAAUACGGUUGGCUCACGAGAGGACUGGAUACAUGCUAAGUGGAGACAAAGUGCAUUGGACUGCCAUGAAAGACGAGAGGCUCCCGUUGAACGUUUUUCACUGUACACUCACACUGUAUUCUGUUUGAACACUGAAAAUAAAAAAAAACAAAAACAAAAACAAAAUUAUUUAUGUAAAAGUAUCAAAACUUUCAGUCUUAAAAGGACGGAGAGCAAAUUCAAUUCAAGGUCUAGGUGACAUUUUUUUUUUACUCACUUCACAGCUUUUUUCUCUCAUCCACAUUAUCAGUGGUCCGUGAGGUACUUUCGCUACGUAUUAUUUUUCUUUUGCACUCACAUAGUCUUCCUGUUUCUUCAUUGGAUAUUACUAAUUGGGGGGGGUGGGGCUGGUGCUAUCGGGUGCUGUUGCUGAAACUCUCUCUCAUGGACAUAUUCCCACCAGGGGCCAGACCCUUUGUUACACCAAGAGCCAAAGAGGCAGAAACCACUGACAUACUAUUUAAAGUAUCCAACUUGUCAGUUUCAGCAGCACUUAAACUCCUGACUGUGUUCAUUGUUUUGUUUUUGGAGGGCUCUUAACUUCUGAGAAAAGCAUGUAAGCCUCAGUGGAACUCCAUAGAGGUGCAAUCAGGUUCAGAUGCAUCCAACAUUCCCAUGAACGGCGGAGACGUGGAAUUCCACAGCGUGGCCUCUGCUUACACAAGGCCUUCCAGCGCGGUUUAGGCCUGCCUGGGUGGAUGGCAUGUGCCAUAACCACACUGAAAGGGGUACGGGAGCAUCAAAGGCCUUUAAAGUUAUUUUUGGAAAGCACCCUUAAUGUAUUCAGAAAUGUUUAUUUAGGCUUUAUAUAACUUACAAAACAAUUUGAAGAGUAUAUUUUUAUAUGAGGAACGUGGCACUUUAUGUCAUUUAUCGGUGGAAAACAAAGUCGCAAUUAUUUACCAGUGUUUUCUUAUGUCAUUGUAUGCAGAUUUGAGAGCUAUAACUUAUUUGGAAUGUAUGUCUUUGAUCAAAAGUUCAAAAAAAAGUGUAAAUACUCGUUGUGUUCUAUCCAAGUAGCCCAGAUUGUCCAUUUCGGUUCUUUCUGAUCUUUCAUAAAUCAAUGUCACUCUUCAGUGGGAACCAGGUAACCUGGUGGACGCUGUUGAAUGACACAAUAGUACAUUGGAAUUUAGAGAAUUGACAUUUCUGUGUUUCCAUUUGUUUAAAUUGUUCUUUCAGUAACAAGGAGCGACUCGAUGCUUCCAAAAAGUGUAGUUAUGACAUGAAAUACAGCUAAUUAUCAAAGUGAAUUGUUCACUCACAAACAUGGACAGUUUUUUUUUCCUUUUUUAUCAAUAAAACCUGAGUAUCCUUUUCAUGCCUCUUGAAUUUUAUGUCAAAUCUGGCCUUUAUUGGCUUCAUUAAAAUCAUUACAAAAAAACCUGUUUGUCACACACAAUUCUUUAUUAGGCAUUAAAUAAACA